AUGUCACCGCCACCGUUCCCCAAAAUCCGCCAUCAAAUCCCCCUAAUUCAGAGAUUAGAAGCAAGUGAAACUUCAUUGCCUGCGAGACAACAUGUUGUUGCUUGUGGUUUAGUUUGUAGGUCUUGGAGAGAUAUUACUAAAGAAGUUGUUAAGACACCUGAACAGUCUGGUAGACUCACUUUUCCUAUCUCAUUAAAACAGUCGGGUCCUCGGGAAUCGCCAAUACAAUGCUUCAUCAAAAGGGAAAGAGCAACUUCUACUUAUCAUCUGUAUCUGGGUUUAACCCCUGCAUUGUUGGGGAGAAUGGGAAAUUGUUGUUUGCUGCUAGAAAAGUUAGAAGAGCAACCAGCACUGAUUUUGUGAUAUCUUUGGUAUCUGAUGAUUUCUCUCGGGCAAGCAACACGUACAUUGGAAAACUG